UACUGAGUAAAGCAUCACACAGCUAACUAUUAUUGGAUGUGCCGGUGCUGAAGAAGUCAAACUCUUUAGUGAUUUUAACACUUUUAUAUUAAGGCCUCCUGGAAACUGGAGCGUUUCCCUCUGAGGAUGAGGAAAUGUGGAUCAGGGAAGUGGAGCUGCAGGUAACACCGGAGCUGCUUUCACUUUCAGUUUGCUGCUCAGCAGUUGUUCAGACGGUUCUGUUCGGUUCUGUAAACUCUGGCUCCGGAUCACCAGGGCGUUCUAACAGAGUCUCUGCUGAACGGAGGUCGCGGCGCGCAGGCAUGUCCACGGCCAGCUGUCUCCUAUCUGAGGACCAGUUUCGGUGCUUCAUCUGUCAGAAUGUCUUCACGGAUCCGGUCAGCACACCGUGCGGCCACAACUUCUGCAAGACCUGCGUCACAGAAAACGUGUGUGACGAUGUCCCGUUUCAGUGUCCAGUGUGUGAAAAGAUGUUCUUCCCAAGACCGGAGCUGGAGGUCAACACUCUGAUCGCUGAGCUGCUCGAUGAGUUCAGAAGAUCAGCUCUGCGCCAGAACGCAGAGGCAGAAAUCCCAGGUCCAGUUAGCGGUCAUCUCUUCACUAAAAACAGAAAGAUUGCCAUAUUAUGUGGCAUGGUUCUCUUAUUUAUUUUAUCCUCUCAAGUCAGUCGCAGCCCUCCUCUAACAGAAGAAACUGAAGGGAAGGCAAAGGGAAUCAUGGAGGACAUUUGGACAUUUAGUUCAGCAAAGAGAUGCCAGAAUCUGACCUCUGGACAGAACCGGACUGCGGUGGGUUUGCUCUCUGCCGCACAGCUGGAGCAGAUCUUCACUGAGGUGAUGAAGAAGGAAACUCCCAGGCUGCUGAUCCGAGCCGAGCUGAUGAGAGCAAAACGCUACGCCGUGGAUGUGACUCUUGAUCCGGAUACGGUUCAUCCCAAACUCAUCCUGUCGGAUGAUGGGAAACAAGUGAGCUGUUGUAACCCAAGGGGGAAUCUCCCGCACGACCCAAACAGGUUUCUGUAUUUUAAAUUUGUUUUAGGAGAGCAGAGCUUCUCCUCCGGCAGGUUUUACUUCGAGGUCCAGGUGAAAGGAAAGACGAACUGGACUAUAGGAGUGGCCACAGAGUCCGUCUCCCGGACGGAUCGCGUCAGACUGAUUCCCCGGUCCGGUUUCUGGUCCCUAACUGUGAGGAACCAAAACGAGUUCUUUGGUCUGUCUUCCCCUCCCGUCCCAUUAUCUCUGAAGUCUGGUCUGGAGAAGGUGGGGGUGUUUGUGGAUUAUGAAGAGGGUCUGGUCUUCUUUUAUGAUGUAGAUGCUGCUGCUCUGAUCUUCUCCUUCACUGGCUGCUUCUUCACUGAGAGACUCCACCCAUUAUUUGGUCCAGGUCAUAACAACGAUGGGACGAACGGGGCCCCUCUGAUCAUCACGCCGGUCUCCAUUGGCCCUCAGUAACAACCUGAUAAUCCGUCUGCUUCCUUUCUCCUGGUUCUCCAAAUGCUUUUUGUCUCUGAUGAUCCACUUCAAGCUCUUCGCUCAGAUCAGUUUCUACCAUCCACUUCUGAUAAAUACAAAACACUGUUAAUGAAAUUUAUCAUUUUACAGUGAACCUACAUAUCGUUCAUGUAUUGUUAGGUGGAACAUAACCAACGUAUUAGUGGAAAAUAUGCCUACUGCAGAGCACAGUGGAAACUAACUAAAGUCAGUGGUGGUAAUCCUAAAACAUCAAUCAUAAACAUUAGUUCCACAAACGCUAAAAUGCUAUGCUAAUGCUAAUGCUAAAGCGCUAAUAUCCUCCAUGCGUUUCCCUCCACAGGACCACAUUUGUUGCCUGUCACCUACCAUAAUGGUUAGUUACUCUUCUGGAAGUAUUUCCUUGAGCAUAUCUUUCACUCAUGGUUACAUCUUUGUUCAUGUAAGUGUUGGAUUUUUCCGUAUUUAUUUGUCCAGUUGUUGUACACUUUCCACUUG